UCUUGCUGCGCAGCGUGUAAACGCCGCGGCCUGUACCUUUCCUGUGUGUUUGUGUGAGUGUACCUGUGUGCGCUAUGGGAGUCCCGGCAUUCUUCCGAUGGCUGAGCCGCAAGUACCCGUCCAUUGUGGUGCACACGACGGAGGAGAAGCCAAAAGAAUGCAAUGGCAUCAAGAUACCAGUGGAUACAAGCAAACCCAACCCAAAUGAAGUUGAAUUUGAUAACCUGUAUUUGGAUAUGAAUGGUAUCAUCCAUCCAUGUACUCAUCCAGAGGACAAACCAGCACCCAAAAAUGAAGAUGAAAUGAUGGUUGCAAUUUUUGAGUACAUUGAUAGACUUUUCAACAUAGUACGACCCAGGAGAUUACUCUACAUGGCCAUUGAUGGUGUGGCCCCAAGAGCUAAAAUGAAUCAACAGCGUUCUAGGAGAUUUCGUGCUUCGAAGGAAGGAGUGGAAUUGACUGAUGAGAAAAGUCGCAUUCGUGAAGAAGUGCUGUCCAAAGGUGGCUACCUACCUCCUGAAGAAAUAAAGGAACGAUUUGAUAGUAACUGCAUUACACCUGGUACAGAGUUCAUGGAUAACCUGGCAAAAUGUCUCCGCUACUAUGUUGCUGAUCGCUUAAAUAAUGACCCCGGUUGGAAGAAUAUUACAGUCAUCUUAUCAGAUGCUAGUGCUCCUGGAGAAGGGGAGCAUAAAAUUAUGGACUACAUCAGAAGGCAAAGAGCUCAGCCUCAUCACGACCCAAACACUCAUCACUGUUUAUGCGGCGCUGAUGCUGAUCUGAUCAUGCUUGGAUUGGCUACACAUGAACCUUUAUUUACCAUCAUCCGAGAGGAAUUUAAACCAAACCAGCCAAGACCUUGUGCCCUCUGCAGUCAAGUUGGACACGAGCUCAAGGACUGUCAGGGGUUGCCUAGGGAGAAGAAAGGGGAGCAUGAUGAAUUUGCGGAUCAACCUCCAGGCUCUGAGCAAGAGUUCAUUUUCAUUCGUCUGAACGUGUUGCGUGAGUAUCUGGAGAAGGAGCUUGUAAUGACCAGCUUACCCUUUCCAUAUGACUUUGAAAGAGCUUUGGAUGAUUGGGUCUUCAUGUGUUUCUUUGUUGGCAAUGACUUUUUGCCUCAUCUACCAUCUCUUGAAAUCAGGGAGGGUGCUAUAGAUCGACUUGUCAACAUUUACAAAAACGUUGUUAAUAAAACUGGAGGCUAUCUCACAGAAAGUGGCUUUGUGAACCUUGAAAGAGUACAGAUGAUCAUGCUGGCAGUUGGAGAAGUUGAAGAUAGCAUUUUCAGAAAAAGAAAAGAAGACGAUGAACGAUUUAAAAAAAGAAACAAGGAAAAAAGAAAAAGGAUGAAGAUGGAACAGCAGCCUGCUUUUGUGCCAACUGGGCAGUUUGCACCACAGGCCCUGGGACGAGGAAAUCGUUCCGCCCCUAAUGCCAUUAACAACCCAAGACAAGCUGCCUAUGAAAUGAGAAUGCAGAAUUCCAAAUUUGGUGAGAAGCAAGAUGUCAACUCCUCUUCAGGAAGCAAAAGAAAAGCCGAUGACAGUGAUAGUGAGCCAGAGCCGGAAGAUAACAUCAGAUUAUGGGAAGAUGGCUGGAAGCAGCGUUAUUAUAAGAAUAAAUUUGAUGUCGAUGCUUCAGAUGAGAAGUUCCGCCGUAAAGUUGUACAGUCAUAUGUCGAAGGUCUUUGCUGGGUGCUAAGAUAUUAUUACCAGGGCUGCGCUUCAUGGAAGUGGUUCUUCCCAUUCCAUUAUGCUCCUUUUGCGUCAGAUUUUGAAGAUAUAUCUGAACUCUUUACAGAGUUUGAAAAGGACACAAAACCAUUUAAGCCACUUGAACAACUCAUGGGCGUAUUUCCAGCUGCUAGUGGUAACUUCCUGCCACAGACAUGGAGGAAACUAAUGAGUGACCCGGACUCAAGUAUAAUUGACUUCUACCCUGAUGAUUUUGCCCUUGAUUUAAAUGGAAAGAAAUAUGCUUGGCAAGGUGUUGCUCUGUUGCCAUUUGUUGAUGAGCGCCGUCUAAGAGCUGCUUUGGAAGAGGUUUACCCUGACCUCACUCCUGAUGAAAAAAGAAGAAAUAGCCUUGGAGGUGAUCAUUUAUUUGUUGGGAAACAUCACCCAUUAAAUGAUUUCAUUCAUGAACUUUACAAGUCAAGCGCUAAAGAGCCAACGGAAAUUCCACCUGAGUUGUGCCAUGGUAUUCAGGGUCAUCUUGAAACUGACGAAGGAGCAAUUCUUCCACACGAGGUUGUGGAAUCUCCAGUUCCACUGUUACGUGAUCUUUCUGAGAAUUUCUCUAUAAGCAUCAAGUUUAAAGACCCCCAGUUUGAAAAUGAUUAUGUCUUCAAGGCAGUGGUUUUACCAGGUGCAAAAAAGCCGGCGAUAACGUUAAAACCCGGAGACUUUGAGAGGACAAAUAACAAUGGAAGACCAUGGAGGCCACAGAUUGGCUUUAACCAAAAUAGAAAGCAAAUGCAUUUGGAUCAAUCAUCCUUCAGGACUUUAGGGCAUGUCUUGCCACAAAGCAGAGGACAACGGGGAGGACAUUAUAGCAACAUCCCUCCACCUGGUGCUUAUAAUCCUGUGAAUGCCUACAGAAUGCCUUCUAGACAGUCCCAGAUGCAAAAUUUUUUAACUCCUGUAGAUUCAAGGCCUCAAAAUUCAUGGGGAAACCGCCCGCCUCUCUUUAACCAUCCGCCACAAAGAAGUUAUGGACUAAUGCAGAACCCAAAUCCUCCAUUCCCGAAUCCGCAAGUUGGACACGGAGGUCCAAGUAACUAUUAUCAGAGACACGGAGACAGGAAUAGACAGGGGUACAACCAAGGAAGGAAUUUUCCACCGCAGUCUGGAAGAUACAAUUGGAAAUAAAUGUUUUGUUUUUUAACUGAGACUUGUUUUUUCCCGUAUUAUUUUUUUUUUUUCUUUUUUUUAAACAAAACAAUUAUGUGACAACAUUUUUAAAAUAUAAGAACAUUUUCUGUGUUUUUUGUUUUUUAGAAAAGAAAAAUCUGAUCCAUGUAAAAUGUGUGCUUUUUGUGAUUGUACUUUCUUAGUGCUUGGGUCUCAUUGUAAAGUUGUAUUCUUUAUUUUAUUUUUUUUAAAACUGAAAAUUGCAUAAAGCUGUUGGCACUAGACAUACAUCCUCUUUAAAAUGUACUUUGAAUUGGAGAUUGUGAUUGGUUUAAAUUGUGUUCUCCAACUUCUUAUGUAGAGUUUUUUUUUUUUUUUUUUUUAACAGCAGAUCAAUACACACAUACUUAUAUACUGUGCAUAUUUUUAUAUCUCAGUGAUAUGUGAAACUUUACUCUGGACUUAUUUUUUAGAAAUAAAUUGUAUAGUCACAAGGAAGCAAAUCCUGCAUAUGUGAUUUUAAAAAGCAAACAAAUGUAAAAGGUUCCUGUUUUUUGUUUUUUAAUGUGAUUAUUAAAAUGUCUCUAGUUUAGGAAUCCUA